GUAAGAUGGAUGUUAAUGGGAGAUAGGAAGAUUGAAGUUUAUCUGAAUGCAACAAGUUUUCAUGAGCAGGCUUUCAUGAACUUGCUGUGUUUUCGAAUGAGAUUUCUGAUGGAUGCUCCAAGGCUCAAAAUGCAACUUCUAAAUAUGUGCAUGGAGCCAAUCUUGCAACAUAAAUUGAGUCCUUUGAAGGUUUGUCUACCUACUGUAGUAGUGGAAUUCCUAAGACAAGCAAAGGCUGCUAAGCUUUUCAUGACAUCAGAAUCAUUUGCCUUUGAUGAUAUGUUCGAAUAUGAUCUUUUGAGGGCAUUUGGCGGGAUAGAUAGACUCCACAUGUUCUUUCUUUUUUAUCCUUGUUUACUGAAGAAAAGUGAAAGUUUUGUAUUUUACAUAAGGCCACAUUUUGCACACUGGUCAAAGAUCAAAUGUGAUGGCACCGAUGAUGGCGAAUUCAAUGAAAGUGACAGCGAUGCAUCUGAUGACGAAUUUGCCGACAUGAAUGAGAAUGAUAUGAUUGAAGAUGACAUGACAGUGAGUGUACAAGCAGGUUUGGAUUUCAACCCCGACUUGAAUAGAAUGUCUAUCACGCCCAAGAACAAGUCUUUGUUACAUUUUCAAAAGCAAAAUGCAUGAAUGCCCGCAAGAAUCAGACCAUCCACUAGUCCAGAGUCUUUGUGAUGAUAUUCUUGUGCCAGAAAACAUGCCAAUUUUACAAUAUUUUGGUAUGGUAGGAUUAGAAAGUCUAUGUUGGUGUUCUUUAUAGUGAAGAAAACAGGGGGGAAGCAUUGUGCAGUGUUUUGGGGUAUUUUGGCCACCGUAUUCGAGCCAAUUGUAAGCGUAGUUUUUAACUUUGGGGAUACUCCCAUAAAGACGCUUAAAAUAUCUUUUUGUAAAGACGCG